AUGUCGGCGCCCGCCCAAUUUACGAUUCCCGCCAGCGAAGUGAUGACUUCUAUCGUACUUCCCACUAUCAUUUUUUGUAUUGGACUAGUCGCAGCGAUGCUGCUCGGAAUAAACAAGUGCAAACAGUGGGAAUUGGAUAAAGUUGUAGAAAUGCGGCGGUCGCGGAGAGUUCUACAGCGAGUCACGAAUCGGCUGAGGGAGAAAAAUUUUAAGACAAUACAGAGAGCUCGCACCAUGAGAAAACGGGCGGCCAGUGCGAAAGCUCGCACCGAAUUCUCGCCUCCCGCCUAUCAAUCGAAAAAUAAUUCGACAGAAUUUCCAUGCGGCACGUCUCCACCGCCUUCAUACGAGGACGAUUUGUUGGAGGAGUAUUAUAAGGAGUGCCAUCCGAGCAGACGCUCCCAACCGGUGCCGAGCUCCCCUCGUCGCUACGUCCGCCAACGUUCGAAAUUCAGUUCGGCGGCUCGCCGUGUCAGCCGAUCCAGUGUUAACACCCACCAAACACGUGGAUCUAUUCAUAUAGUUUAA